AUGAGGCUUGGAAUUAAAGUUUUGAAUGUAAUGAAAAGCGAAGAAAUUGUUGAGAAAGUGUUUAAAUUUGACAACUUUUGUGACACAUUAUGUGAUGUUUCUAAUCACGCUGAUUACGUUCAUCUUGGGGAUUUGGACAUAUUUGACAAUGAUUCUAAUUAUUUGAGUGAACACCCAAGAGUGUACAUUCCUACUACUAUUGUUAAAGCAGACAUCGGAUGUUACAACUUCAAUAAUCCAAUUGAAAAGCUUUUGAUCUCUGAGAAUGCCUUUUUGUUAAAUGAAUCUAAUUUUUAUGUGAACAACGCAAAUAGAAUACAAAUACCAUCUACUAUCACAAAAAUUCCAAAGUGUUGCUUUUCAAGGUCAAAACUUGAAGAAUUGGUCGUGCCACCAAAUGUGCGUGAAAUUGGAACAGAAGCCUUUUCGGAUUCAACGAGUUUGACGUCACUUUAUAUCCCAAAAAGUGUUACAAAAAUUGGAAAACGUGUUGUUGCUGGAUGCACCAAUUUGAAUUCGAUUGUAUUUGAAGAUGGACGCACUUUUGAUAUUGGAAAAGAAACUGAAGACCAAGAAAAUAUCCACAAUGUUACACCAAAUACAACAAAACUGAAUUAUAACGUCGAGUUUCCCCUUAAUAGUACAAGAAUAGAAGUCCCAUCAAGUGUCACAAAAAUAUGUUGUAGAUUUUUCUCAAAAUACAAAAAUUUGUGUGAAAUUGUAUUUCCUACAACAAUCAAAAAAUUUGAAAGUUUAAUAUUGGAUGAGUGUAACAAACUCACUAAAAUAUCAUUCUGUAGCUGUUUAAACAAAUCAGACAAUACAAACGUGCAUGACAUUGAACAAUUCAAAAAAUUCUUUUUCGACACAGUUGCUGUCAGUUACGAGUUUUAUCUUCAAAUGAAAGCGUUUGGGUACACAUUUCACAAUGUCAAUUACAUUAUACAUGAUUAUAACUUGUAUGGUACAAAGGUUGAUUUUUCUGUGAUUAAAUAUAUUUACAACCAAGAUAAAAAUGUUAUUUUAAAUAAUACAAAUUCAUUGAAAAGCUAUAUUUUAACAGAUUUUAAUUAUAAUGACAAGUUUGUGAUACCAUCAAAAAUUGAAGUUCUUGACAGGUGCUUUUGUAAUAGCGAUUAUUUCAAAGACGUGGACGUGUCGUUGGUUACAAAGAAAAUCACUGGUGAAUGUUUUAGUGGUGCACAAUUUUUACAAAGUGUUACAUUUUCAAACACAUUAGAAAAAAUAUGUUAUGAAGUGUUUAAUAAUUGUUAUUCAUUAAAAAGUGUAACACUCCCAAAAAGUCUUAAAAAAGUUGGUGAACGAUGUUUUGCAUUUUGUUAUUCGCUUGAAAGUGUGUGUUGUGAGUCACAGGAAGUUGUUUAUAACUCGCAGUGUUUUAUGAAUUGUUUUAAUUUAAAAACAAUUCCAAAAAUUCAAUUUUUAAAACGAGGAAUCUUUUGGUGUUGCAAUUCGCUUGUUAAAUUUGAAAGUUUUGGAGAUGUUGAAUGUAUUCCUCAUUGUACGUUUAUGAAGUGCUAUAACUUGAAAGAAAUAAUAUUGCCAGAAAAUCUUAAAACAAUUGAGAAAUUCGCAUUCAAAAACUGUUAUUCACUUGAGAAUUUAACAUUCCCAAAAACACUUGUAAUAAUGGAAGACGGCUGUUUCAUGAAUUGCUCAAAUCUGCAAAGUGUCAAUUUUAAAAACAAAAAUAUAAAAUUUGGAAAUGAUGUAUUUGAAGGAUGUACAUCACUCACCGAAAUACAAAUUGAAGGUGAAAAGAUUAACAAUUAUAAUGGAGAAGUCAGUUAUACACUUCACAAACAGUUUGAAAAGAAUAGCAUUUUUUGUGACAACGUAAAAGUGAAAUUUAACGAUUUAAAAAUAUUUGGAAUUGAUAUUUUGAAAAAUAAAAAUGUUCAUCGCAUUGAUGAAGGUGCAUUUUUUAAUAACACAACAAUUACUGAAAUUGAAAUACCAAAUAACAUUACUCAAAUUGGUAAUUUUUGUUUUGCGUGUGCAACACAACUUGAGAAUGUCAUAUUACCAUCGUCAAUAACAGAGUUAACCCCCUUCUGUUUUGAUAAUUGUGUGUCACUAAACACAAUAAAUCUGGAACACAUAAAGAAUAUUGGGAUGGGGUGCUUCGACAACACAAAAUUUGAAAAAGUCGUGGUUUUGCAAACAAAAACAAAUUAA